AUGUCGGCGCCCGUCGCAGCAACUGCCUCGCCAGCUACAGCCCCACAGGAAGCCGCCGACUACCGGCCGACACUGGCCCCCCGUGGCCAGACAACUUCGUCGUCGUCGUCGAGUUCCUCCGUGAGCGAAGCGGACCAACCAACUUCAGAGCCGAACAAGCUCACACGACCGCGUUUGGGGAGCAGGAAGUCCAGUGGCACAAUCAUAAUACCUCGCGACAGCGAGCAGGUCGAACUGAAGGAGGAGGAAUAUGAUGAUGGAGACGCAAGAACCAUGAGCCCACGGCGUAGCAGUGAGGAGAUCGAGAGAAUGGGUCAAGAGGCUCGACAAGCACUCAUCGAGCAAGCAAAAGCCCUUCAACAGAGCCUCAUGCAGAUCGUCGACCGCGUCGAGAUUGUCAAGUCGGAACACGAGAAACUGGAAGGAGGCAACAAGUUCCUACAAUCGUACAUUGGCGAGCUCAUGCAGACGAGCAAAAUCACCUCCGUCGGCGCCCCGAAGGCCAAAGGCAAAGGCAAGGUUCGCGCUAUGAAAUAGGAACCAGCGCUAGCAUUUCCACUUCCCGCAGCACGACGCUGUCAGACUCCGUGGAGCUGAUCCUAGCAGCCUCUUGCCUCUCCAAACCGCACACUGAGACGACUUGAGCAAACAAAACCAUCACGGCCUGACCAUGACUGCACGUAGUCGCUUGCGGCUUAACAACGCACACACACACAUUUUGUUCUUUACGAGCGUAGCAUUUAACGGCACUGGGCGGGUCCAUCGGCGUUGAUCCUUCCGUUUCUUUCGACCCAUUCCAUUGCCUAGGUCGUACUUUUGCUUUCCCCGGUGGGAAUGGAAUUUCAGGACCCUAUCGACUGCAUACCAAGAAAAGAUCGCGUAGACUGCUUUUUUCUCUUCGCCUUUUAUGUCUUAAUAUCCGACAUCACUGCCUAUUGCAGUCUUUUUGCAGCUGCUCAUUUUUCGGGGGUAUC